GGUCUUUUUUUUUGUUUUCGCGUAUCCGCCAUUUCAGUUUUUGAAGUUAGUUGUCAUCGGCGGCUGGAUUUCUGGCGUUUAAACGCGUUUUAUGACAGACAGAGCCAAUUUCUAACCACAAACCGAGCCAGGGUCUCUUUGAUAAGGCGGCUGAGCUUCUGUAUCGGGGGUUGAUGCGCAGACGGCCGGCUGCGGAUGUCGCCUGUUUACUAAACGUGCUCUAGGCGCUAAAGUUUUUGUAUGAGUUGAACGCUCUGCCUGUGGAUAACGGGAGGGAGAGCAGGGAAGGCCCGGUGAAGCCUCGGCUUUGGAGUGGUUAUCAUGGCCGGAAAUUUUGACGCGGAGGACCGUGGCAGCUGGUACUGGGGUCGGUUGAGCAGACAGGAGGCUGUAUCUCUGUUGCAGGGGCAGAGGCACGGCGUGUUUCUGGUCCGGGACUCCAUCACCAGCCCCGGCGACUACGUGCUGUCGGUGUCAGAGAACUCCAAAGUAUCGCAUUACAUAAUUAACAGCAUCAGCAACAACCGACAAUCUGGUUCAGGUUCGGCCCUUUCGAGGUUCCGUAUCGGCGACCAGGAGUUUGAUGCCCUACCUGCUUUGCUAGAGUUCUAUAAAAUUCACUACUUGGAUACCACCACCUUGAUAGAACCCAUCAACAGAUCCAGACACUCCUCCCUCAUGACUGCCGGCCCCAGCGGAGGCCCCCCACCCCGCCUGGAAGAUGAAUACGUCAGAGCGCUUUUCGAUUUCCCUGGCAACGACGAUGAGGAUCUCCCGUUCAGGAAGGGCGACAUCCUCAGAGUUCUAGAGAAGCCGGAGGAGCAGUGGUGGAAUGCCCAGAACUCUGAAGGCCGGACGGGGAUGAUUCCAGUGCCCUACGUGGAGAAGUACCGACCUGCAUCCCCAAGUUCGGUGGCCGGGCCGAGUGGGGCAGGGGCUGCGCCUGGUGGGAUGGGGAUGCUGGGGAACUCUGACGGCGCUGCAGGCCCGUCUGGGGCUCCGCUGCUGGGAGACCCCAGCCAGUAUGCCCAGCCCACACCCCUCCCAAAUCUCCAGAACGGACCCGUCUAUGCCAGGGCCAUACAGAAGAGGGUACCCAAUGCCUACGACAAGACAGCCCUGGCCUUAGAGGUGGGCGACAUGGUGAAGGUGACCAAAAUAAACGUGAACGGCCAAUGGGAGGGGGAAUGCAAAGGCAAGCGCGGCCACUUCCCCUUCACACACGUCAAACUGCUGGACCAGCACAACGCCGAGGAUGAGCUCAGCUGAGAGCGGACCGCCGGGCUUCUACCUGGACACUAGUGGUAGACCCUUCCUCACCCCCCCUUCUCCCCGUUCCACACCCUCUCCCCCCCCUUCCCUCACAUCUCCAGCUUUUACCUGCACCAAGUACAGUUUCAGAGAGUCACUGAGAACAAAACAGGCCUUCAUUGGACCCUUGUAACCCACACAUCCUCCAUUUCUAGCUGCUUAAGUAAUCACAGUUACUCUCCGCUCCACCUGCCCUCACUUACUGACAGACUGACUUCAGUCAUCUACAGUGCAACAGAUAGAACUGAAUCGCCUGUUCCACAGAUCAGGCAACACCCUUUAGACCCCUCCCUCCAUCGUGGACACAUUAUCAACACUCACUCCUCAGGAGACUCCUCGCCGCAGAGUUCAACCACUUCCUCUUCCUGUGUCAGAGCCAGUAGAUAACUGCUGUCAUGUUUUCAUCUGUCAUCGCGAAACACUGUGGGGCCCCCUCGUGCUGCAUUCAUGUCAGAUGGGAAUACAGCAGCAGUGCAGGUUCUGCAUGUAACGUGUUAAUUAUUGAGCUUUAGAGCGUCCAUUUUCCGGUCUUGAUGCUAAAGCCUGAUCAGUGCAGCACAGUCACACAUGGCUCCUUUUGUUGUUUAGACAUUUUGCUUUAUAUUGGACAUGAAUGCAGCAUUAUUUUGUGUUAACCCACAACUGCAACAUGCUCAAAUCCAGCAGCAGCAUUUUAGAACAGAUUUAACUGAUCUCAGCGGGAAAUGAUUGAGCUCAGUCACUUGGAGGCUUAAAGUUCUUCUCGAGGAGCAGACACAGUCCAACACUCGCUUCACCCUCCUGCCUGGUGUCAAAUGGAGAACUGAGUGAAGACCAGCAGCUUGGAGCGACUUCAUGUAGCUAUAGCCAUAGUUCUAGCCCAGCAGCAAACCAGAGGAGCUGCGAGACUGUCGAGGAGGUGGAGGUGAUAAAGGCAACACUACAUUCUCGCACCUCAGUUACCCAUCCAGCAAUCACCUAUGACCAAGUACCACCAAGUAGUCUUUUUUUUGUAAGAAAAAAAUAAGAACAUAUUGUUAUGAAAUGAUGUACUAUGUGAUUAUCAUUACAUGAUAAAUAUUGAUUUUUUUUUUUUUUUUUUUUGGUUAUCUUUGUAGUUUUCUUCAUAGCUGGUUUAGUCCCAAAGGGUGGAAACACUUUUUACUGCUGCAUGUUGGGAGGGAGUGAAGGGUGCAAAAUGAACGAACUGACUUGGGGGGAGGCUCGUCUGUGUCCUCGCAGCCCCUCACAGGGCCACGUGUGUUCUCAUUCUGGGUGUGAUGUACAUGAUUGAACAGAGUGAAUGUAGGCUGUCCACUAUGCUAGUUAGUACCGUCUUCUCAUGUUAGCGCCCUCCAUUCAGCUCACAGAAUAUACCUUAACAGAACUGACUUUGUGUUCAGAUCUUGUCAGAUGUGUCCCAGAAAAGAGAAAGUGGUGGAAAUAUUUGAUACCUGCCCCUUUUUUAGUUUUUAACCUUUUAACAGGCUUGUUGCCAUCUUCCACCAGUGUGCUCUUUUAAUCCUCAGGCUUAUGGGCCUGUGUGUCCUUUGUGCUUCCUCAGUUAAUCCUUUAUCAGUCUUUAAUUUAAAGCCCAUUAAGUUACAAUGCACGAGCUCAAUCUGCUUUACUGCUUUGUUCCUCUGUUUUCCUUAUUGCCCAGAUUGCCUUUUUCCCCUCUUUGUGACAUUGAAUCAGUUAUUUACUUGUUGACACCUGACAAUCAUCCCUGUCAUUUAUCAUUAUGCAGACUAGCUUGGAUUGAAGUGGGAUGCGUGUGUGACUUAGACCUUUGCCAGAGUUAACCUGCUCAACUUUGAAUCUGAUCCAUGAGAACUUGCUGUCUCUAUCAGGUGAAGGGUUCCUCUCAGAUGUCAUGGUACUGUGUUUCUGACCAGCACCUCGAGCAGCCUUUAGGUGGCACUGUAACGGCAUUCAGAAGGGGGCUCUUUGCUGAAAGGGAAGAUUUCCAGUGUUUGAGAUUAAAGGAGAUGAAAUUAGAUUUUUAACAGCACUUACUACCUUCAUGCUGAGUGUGCAUUGAUAUUUGCUCUACUUUUUAGGUUGUCAUUAGCCUACCCGUCAUUGCUUCUCUGUCCUCAACAACUUCAGUCUUGCUAACAGUUCAUUUUUGUGUUGGCCAUAUCCUACUUCAGUACUGUAAUAUUUCCAGUUUUAAAAAUAUUACUCUUGGGGGGACAAAAAAAAUCUGGUUGAUGAAAUUAACAUUUGUGUUUGCUGCCAGCUUUUU